AUGGAGUUUGUCGAUCCAAUUGUCACACUGGACGAUGUUCCAGAGACCAAAAAAGGAGGUGAUACAAAAACAGACCACGCCGUACAAGCAUUGGAAUCCGAAAUCGAGAAAGCAUAUGCAGCAGUUGAAACUCGUUUUGGUUCGUUAUGGUCGAAUGCUGCUAAAAAUGCCAAUGAAAUACAAGAAAAAUAUCAAGUUGAGGAGCAUAGAAAGCAAUUGCUUGAUCAGCUUAAGGUUGCCAAAGAUAAUCUCAACAAUAAAGCCAAGGUGACAGAAACAUUGGCCCAAUUUGAAGAGCAGUUUAAGAAGGUACCCAUUCCUGAAGUGGACUUGAAGAAGCUUCAACUGCAAGCCAAUGAUGCCCUUGAUGUUCUUGACUCCAAGCUUGAACUUGUGGAACAGCAAGCUGGAAAAUAUGUGUCACAAAUGUCUUCAUUUUUCACCAAUUUUGUCAGUAUAGCAGCCCCACAGUCGGGUGCAAAACAGGUUGAAGAUGAAACUAGUACUAUAUUCGUGGCUCCAUCUCACCCCACUUCUGAGUAUGGUACCUCAAGGUACGAUAAUGAGUUAUUCAAGUUGCAUACUACAGCUGAAUAUUACACAGAACCUAUUUCAGACGACAAGGCUGACACUUUUAAUGCCGAUUCAAAGACGAAAGAAAUUGCCAAGUUGCUUGAAACUUAUCCCAAUACCUUGACGAAACUCAUGAAUGAUAUAGUUCCGGUCAAAGUACCUUACAACACAUUUUGGUACCGCUAUUUCCACCAUGAAGCUGAGCUCAAACAGGCAGAGAAGAGACGUCGUGAAUUACAGAAAGAGAAAGGUGACGAAGAAGAGGAAGAUGACUUUACUUGGGACGACGACGAAGAGGAAGAACAAGCGAGUUCGGAAAUAAAGGGAAAACCAGUGAAGCAGGAUGCAAAAUCUGAAUCUGACGACGAAUGGGAGUAG